CCAUGGCAAAGGCAUUAUAAAACGAAAGACAGGGAGAUUCCUAUCACUCAAAAGCAUUCACAAGCGGAAUCGAUUUGGAGAGACAAAGCUGCAUUUAGCUGUGAUGCGGGAAAACAUUCAAGACGUCAAAGACUUACUCACAGUUGAUGAUUCCGUGAAUGUAACGGAUUAUGCAGGUUGGACUCCACUCCAUGAGGCAGUGUACAGAAACAACUAUGACUUGACAGAAAUUUUACUUGAAGCUGGAGCCCUAGUCAACUGCAGAGGAGAUAAUGGAAUUACACCUUUACAUGAUGCCAUACACUGUCAGUAUUACAAGAUAGUAGAUCUACUUCUGAAGAAUGGUGCUAAUCUAUUAUCAAAGUGUGACAGAGGGAAGACUCCUAUGGACAUGACCACAGACAGAUCUUUGGACAUACUGUUGGAGAAAUACCUGGAAAAGCCUAAAAUAAACCCUUUUACAGCUGAAAAUCCACCCAUAGCCACUAAUUCACCAUUUAAUCCAAAUAUGAGCAAAAUAAUCAACCAGAACUCCGUCACAGACACAAGAGCUCUUCUUCAGAAAUCAACUGUCGAAGGAACUGCUGAUACAAGUGAGCAUGAAAGCAGCCUGCAGUCUUGUGAAGCUGAACCCAUUCCUGGUCCAAGCAGAGAACAACCAAACUGUGAUCCAUCCAAGAUGUUUAAGGCCCCUUUCAAAGUGGAACCAUCACCUCAGACUUGCAGCAAUGCACUGCGUCUUGUGAGGGAUCAAGGACAGGACUUCUGUAGCCAGGGUCCCUCUCCGGUGCACGAUCAAGAGAGUGAGGGAUCAGACACCUCCAGCUGCCUAGACAGUGAUGUUACAGUGGACUAUAUCGAAGAUAAUUCAUCAUCACCAGAGCAUUGGACUCUAUGUGCCACUCAAGAUUUCUCUGGUUCCUAGAGCACUAGAGAUGUUUCUGUGGAUUGUCAAAUAUCUAAUAAAUUCAUUCAGUUGACAUUUGACACUUAAAUAUUGGGUAAUUUUUUUGGAAAUUAGUUCUCUUAUGUUUUUUUUACAUCAUUUGGGCUGUAUGCGAUCUGUGAUAAUACAUGCUUUGGUGGAAGUGAUGUCAUCGCCUUAGUAGUCAAUUACAAAAUGUAUAGACAUCUGGUAUAUGUUCGAAGUGUUGCAGUUUUCCUUAUGAAUUUGCUGCUGCUAUUUAAAAUUUACACUGAAUGUCCAGCCAGAAUUUAAAAAUUGUAUGCUAAUUACAUUUGUUUUGUUAUUUGAAGUAAGCAGUGUUAUACAAUUUUGCAAUUAAAAUUUGUAAUAGCAAUAAAAAUUCUUUGUAAGCACACA